UUCAACGGGCAGCAGCGCGGACUGCGAUACCGGUCGGGAUGAGCAGCCUGCGGGAGCUGUGCUCGGGGCUGCCCCUGAAGCCGCUGCCCCCCAACAGAGGGCGAAGCAGCCGGGUGUCCCACGCUCCCGUGCGCACCCCCGCUCUCACAGCCCAGGAGGAGAAGCUCGCGGUGAGGAAUGCUUUGCGAUAUUUCCCAGCGGAUGUGCACGCUGCUCUGGCCCCGGAGUUCACCAACGAGCUCAGGCAGUUCGGGCAUAUCUACAUGUACCGGUUCUGUCCCCAGAUCGACAUGAGAGCGUAUCCAUUUGAGGAGUACCCCAGCCGGUCGAAGGCUGCUGCGGCCAUUAUGCACAUGAUCAUGAAUAACCUGGACCCUCAGGUUGCCCAGUUUCCUCAGGAGUUGGUGACCUAUGGAGGGAAUGGGCAAGUCUUCAGUAACUGGGCUCAGUUCUGGAUAACGAUGCACUACCUGUCCGAGAUGGGAGAGGACCAAACGCUGGUGAUGUGUAGCGGACACCCCCAGGGCCUGUUCCCCAGUGUCCCCAGUGCGCCCCGUGUCGUCAUCACCAACGGCAUGGUUGUACCCAACUACUCCUCCAGGGACGAGUACGAGAAGAUGUUUGCCAUGGGAGUGACCAUGUACGGCCAGAUGACUGCCGGAAGCUACUGCUACAUUGGACCCCAAGGGAUCGUCCACGGCACAGUGCUGACGGUGUUGAACGCUGGCCGGCGUUACCUGGGAUUGGACGACCUCAGUGGGAAAGUCUUCGUGACCUCGGGCCUGGGGGGGAUGAGCGGUGCGCAGGCCAAGGCAGCGGUCAUUCUGGGCUGCGUGGGCGUGAUCGCAGAGGUGGAUGGGGCGGCCCUGAGGAAACGCCAGCAACAAGGAUGGCUGAUGGAAGUGACUGGCAGCCUGGAGCAGUGUGUAGCCCGGAUCAGGGAGGCUCGACAGACAAAGAAGGCCCUCAGCCUUGGUUACCAUGGUAACGUGGUGGAUCUUUGGGAGAAGCUGGUUCAGGAAUACGAGCUGACGGGAGAGUUGCUGGUGGAUUUGGGGUCGGAUCAGACGUCCUGCCACAACCCGUUCAGUGGGGGUUACUACCCUGUGCAGCUGACAUUCCAGGCAGCCAACCAGCUGAUGCACACCGACCCAAAGCAGUUCCGGACCCUGGUGCAAGAGAGUCUGAGACGACAGGUGACAGCUAUCAGCCGGCUGUCAGAGAAGGGAAUGUUUUUCUGGGAUUAUGGGAAUGCGUUCCUGCUUGAAGCCAAGAGAGCAGGUGCGGAUGUGGAGAAAGCUGAAAGCGGGAAGAUGGAGUUCAAGUUCCCUUCCUACGUGCAGCAUAUCAUGGGAGAAAUCUUCUCCAUGGGCUUCGGACCCUUUCGUUGGGUUUGCACCUCGGCUGACCCCCGCGACCUGGCGGAGACAGACGCCAUCGUGACGUCGAUCCUGGAGGGGAUGAUGAGUGAGGACGGAACCGAGAAGCCGGUGAAACAGCAAUAUUCCGACAACCUGAAAUGGAUAAAACAGGCUGCCAACCACAAGCUGGUGGUCGGCUCUCAAGCUCGCAUUCUGUACUCAGACCAGAGGGGCCGAAUUGCCAUCGCCGUAGCAAUCAACCAAGCGGUCGCCACAGGCAGGGUCAAGGCCCCCGUAGUGAUCAGCCGAGACCACCACGACGUGAGUGGAACAGACAGCCCGUUCAGGGAAACUUCCAACAUCUACGAUGGUUCAGCAUUUUGUGCAGACAUGGCAGUACAGAAUUUUCUUGGUGAUUCUAUCCGAGGAGCAACAUGGGUGUCCCUGCACAACGGUGGGGGUGUGGGCUGGGGAGAGGCAGUGAAUGGAGGGUUUGGGCUGGUGCUCGAUGGUUCCAAGGAUGCUGAGGAGCGGGCAAAGGUGAUGCUAAACUGGGAUGUGUCCAAUGGGGUUUCACGCCGCUGCUGGUCCGGCAGUCUCACUGCCUACCAGACUAUCCGCAGGACGAUGAGGGAAAACAGCCGCCUAAGGGUCACUCUCCCCCACAGGGUGGAGGACGAGGCCAUGCUCGAUCAAGCCCUGCAGAGAGAGGCAAUGUGACCGUUCCCGAACUGACAGCCUCCCUCACCCAGUUCUGUCCGAACCCCACGCCACAAAAUGGCUGGUCUAAUCCGUUUAUGAUCUGCGACCGAUGUUAUCAUCUUCAAUCACAAGCACAUAAUCAGUCGGGGUAGGAGGAAUCCAUUCGAACGUUGCCCCGUCAGUCACCAAGAUCAGAAUCAGAGUCAGGUUUAUAGACACGGAGUCAUAGAAAAGUACAGCAGAAAAACAAGCCCUUUGGCCCAUCUAGUCCAUGUCAAACCAUUUAAACUGCCUGUUCCCAUCGAUUUGCACUGGGUCCAUAUCCCCACCAUCCACGUACUUAUCCAGACUUCCAUUAAACGUUGAAAUCGAGCUCGCAUGCUCCACCUGCACGGUCAGCCCAUUCCACUCUCUUUUCACCUUUCACCCUUAACCCAUCACCUCUAGUUGUAGUCCCACCCAACCUCAGUGGAGGAAGUCCUAGAUCCUUUGUUGUACUGCACUCCUCAGUGUCCUACCAUUCACUGUGUAAGACUAACCCCCAAUCUUGGUAUCAGCUGCAGUUAACCACAUUAUCAUUGAUAUAGAUGACAAACAACAACCGACCCAACACCGAUCCCUGCGGCACACCACCAGUCACAGGCCUCCAGUCAGAGAGGCAACCAUCAGCUACCAGUGUAUAAACCAGUUUACUGAAUGCCAAGCGACUGAACCUUCCUGUUCACUCUCCCUUGUGGGACUUGUCAAAUGCCUUGCCUCCAUCAGCUUUCCUGGUAAUUUCCUUAAAAAGCUCUCCAAGAUUGGUUAGACAUGAGCAGUGACGCACUCCAUGUUGACCCUGUCCGUCCCAAUGCUCACAUUUCGGGUCCCUUAGAACAACUGAUGUCAGGCUCACCAGCUUAUAAUUUCCUGGUUUGUGUUUAGAGCCUCCUUAAACAGUGGAACAACAUUGGCCGUCCUCCAUUCCUCUGGUACCCCUCCUGUCACUAAGGAUGAUUUAAAUAUCUCUGCUAGGGCCCUGGCAAUUUCUGCAUUUGUCUGCUGUAGGGUCUGAGGGAACGCCUUGUUAGGCCCUGGGGUUUUAUCCACCCUGAUUUACCCUGGGUAGCAUACACCUCCUCACCUGUAAUCUGUAAAGGGUCCGCGGCCUUGCUACUGCUUUGCCUCACUUCUAUCGACUCUGUUAGUUUUCCGAGUAAAAACAAAUGCAAAGAGUACAUUUAAAAUCCCCCCUCCCUCCAUCUCGUUUGGCUCCAUGCAUAGAUUAGCACUCUGGUCUUCCAGAGGAGCAAUUUUGUCCCUCUCAAUCCUAUUGCUCGAAACAUAUCUGUAGAAUCCUUUAGGAUUCUCCUUCACCUAGGGCAACCUCGUGCCUUCUUUAGCCAUCCUGAUUAUUUCUUAAAUGUCCUCUUGCAUUUCUUAUACUCCAUAAGCACCUCAUGUUCCUACCUGCUUAUACCUGCUACACACUUCCUUUUUAUUCUCUUAAUCAGGGCCUCAAUAUCUUUCAAAAAGAAACAUUCCCUAAUCCUAUUAUCCUUUCUUUUUAUUUUGGCAGACACAUACAAGCUUUGUAGUCUCGAAGUUUCGCUUUUGACAGCCUCCCGCUUUCUAAGUACAUCUUUGUCAGAAAACAGCCUAUCCCAAUCCACACUUGCCAGAACCUUUCCGCUACUAUCAGAUGUUGAGAAGUCUGUUGUUUUGCAGCAGUACAUAAACUAUACUGUAAACUACAAUAAGGAGUAGAUUUAUAAAAUAUUUCAAAAAGGAGUGCAAAGGUAGAGAAGAUAGUGAGGUAGUGCUCAGGAUUGGUUCACUCUCCAUUCAGAAAUCUGACGGUGGAGGGGAAGAAGCUGUUCCCGAAUGGUUGAGUGUGUGUCUUCAGGCUCCUGUACCUCAUCCCCCUGGUGGCAGAGGGGAAGAAGCUGUUCCUGAAUUGUUGAGUGUGUGUCUUCAGGCUCCUGUACCUCGUCCCUGAUGGCAGAGGGGAAGAAGCUGUUCCCGAAUGAUUGAGUGUGUGUCUUCAGGCUCCUGUACCUCGUCCCCCUGGUGGCAGAGGGGAAGAAGCUGUUCCUGAAUUGUUGAGUGUGUGUCUUCAGGCUCCUGUACCUCCCCCCUGAUGGCAGAGGGGAAGAAGCUGUUCCCGAAUGAUUGAGUGUGUGUCUUCAGGCUCCUGUACCUCCUCCCUGAUGGCAGAGGGGAAGAAGCUGUUCCUGAAUUGUUGAGUGUGUGUCUUCAGGCUCCUGUACCUCGUCCCCCUGGUGGCAGAGGGGAAGAAGCUGUUCCUGAAUUGUUGAGUGUGUGUCUUCAGGCUCCUGUACCCCCUCCCUGAUGGCAGAGAAGAAGCUGUUACUGAAUGAUUGAGUGUGUGUCUUCAGGCUCCUGUACCUCCCCCCGAAGGCAGAGGGGAAGAAGCUGUCCCUGAAUCGUUGAGUGUGUGUCUUCAGGCUCCUGUACCUCCCCCCGAUGGUCCGUAGUGACGAGAUAAGGGCAUCACCUGGGUGGACAUGCUGUUUGAUGUUAUGGGGUAUGUUUUAAUUGUGCCCCUACUGACAGCAGAUUUUGUUGAAGACCAUGCUGAGGCCUUUCUGGAGGAUUGUGUGCAUUUCUGGUGCCCUACCUCCAGGAUGCGUGAUGCCGGCCCCCUAGGCCAGCGUCGACACAGUAGUAGUACCUACAGGAAAGAUGUAAAUGAGAUUGCAAGAGUGCAGAGAAAUUUGACAAGAUCGUUGCUGGGACUGGAGAACCUGAGUUAUAGGGAAAGGUUGAAUAGGUCGGGACUUUAUUCCCUCGAGCGUAGGAGAAUGAGGGGAGGUUUGAUAGGGGUGUGUGGAAUUAUGAGGGGUAAAUGUAAGCAGGCUUUCCCACUGAGUUUGUGUGAGUCUAGAAAUAGAAUUCAUGAGUUAAGACCACAAGACAUUGGAGCACAAUUAGGCCAUUCAGCCCAUUGAGUCUGCUUCACCAUUCCCUCACGGCUGAUUUACUAUCCCUCUUAACCCUAUUCUCCUGCCUUCUCCCUGUAAUCUUUGAUGCUGUGCCUACUCAAGAACCUAUCAACCUCUGCUUUAAACAUACCAAUGACCUGGCCUCCACAGAAGGCAGUGUCAAUGAGUUCCUCAGAUUCACUACCCCCGGCUCAUCUCGGUUCUAAAUGGACAUCCCUCUAUUCUGAGGUUGUGUCCUCUGGUCCUAAAUUCCCCCACUAUAGGAAACAUCCUCUCCAUAUCCACUAUCUGUGUCCUCUGGUCCUAGACUCCCCCACUAUAGGAAACAUCCUCUCCAUAUCCACUCUAUCUGUGUCCUCUGGUCCUAGUCUCCCCCACUGUAGGAAACAUCCUCUCCACAUCCAUUCUAUCUGUGUCCUCUGGUCCUAGUCUCCCCCACUGUAGGAAACAUCCUCUCCACAUCCAUUCUAUCUGUGUCCUCUGGUCCUAGACUCCCCCACUAUAGGAAACAUCCUCUCCAUAUCCACUCUAUCUGUGUCCUCUGGUCCUAGUCUCCCCCACUGUAGGAAACAUCCUCUCCACAUCCAUUCUAUCUGUGUCCUCUGGUCCACGACUCACCCACUAUAGGAAACAUCCUCUCCGCAUCCACUCUAUCUGUGUCCUCUGGUCCUAGACUCCCCCACUAUAGGAAACAUCAUCUCCACAUCCACUCUAUCUGUGUCCUCUGGUCCGAGUCACCCCCACUAUAGGAAACAUCCUCUCCACAUCCACUCUAUCUGUGUCCUCUGGUCCUAGACUCCCCCACUAUUGGAAACAUCCUCUCCACAUCCACUCUAUCUGUGUCCUCUGGUCCUAGUCUCCCCCACUAUAGGAAACAUCACAUCCACUCUAUCUGUGUCUGGUCCUUGACUCCCCCACUAUAGGAAACAUCCUCUCUACAUCCACUAUCUGUGUCCUCUGGUCCUAGACUCCCCCACUACAGGAAACAUCCUCUCUGUCUCAGCCUUUCAGUAUUCAAUAGGUUUCAAUGUGAUCUCCCCUGAUUUUUCUCAACUCCAAUGAGUGCAGGUCCUGAGCCAUCAAAUGCUCCUCAAAUGUUAACCCUUUCAUUACCAGGAUGAUUCAUGUGAAUCUUCUCUGAGGGGUAGUGAGAGUCUCAUCCUGACUGACUCCAUCCUGACAACGAGUGAAUGUGGUGGAGAUUAUUAACUGUUCUUCAAUCACCCCCCCCCAUCUCCUCUUUAUUCUGACAAAGUGUACAGAACAAAACAGACAAAGGCUUUUUUCUGUGCACGAGAAUUUUGUUAACAACUUCCUGAAAUCAAAAUAUCACAAAAAUCCAGGAAUAAAAAUGAAUAUUGUUACACCACCA